AUGGGCUGGGGGGCCGGCGGCAGCUGCACCCCGCGCCCGCCCAUCCGCCCGCGGCCGGCGUCGGAGCGCCGCGUGGUCGCCGUGGUCUUCCUGAGCCUGCUGCUGGACCUGCUGGCCUUCACGCUGCUGCUGCCGCUGCUGCCCGCGCUGCUGGAGCGCCACGGCCGCGCGCAGGACCCCCUCUACGGCUCCUGGCAGCGCGCGGUGGACCGCUUCGCCGCGGCCGUCGGGGUGCCGGCCGAGAAGAGCUACCACAGCGUCCUGUUCGGAGGGCUGGUGGGCUCCGUCUUCUCCCUCCUGCAGUUCCUGUGCGCCCCGCUCACCGGCGCCGUCUCCGACCGCCUGGGGCGGCGCCCCGUGAUGCUGCUGUCGCUGGCAGGACUGGCCGCCUCGUACGCCGUGUGGGCCGCCUCCUCGAGCUUCGCCGCCUUCCUGGCCUCCAGGGUCAUCGGGGGCGUGAGCAAGGGCAACGUCAGCCUGUCCACGGCCGUCGUGGCCGACCUGGGCUCGCCGCCCGCCCGCGGCCGGGGCAUGGCGGCCAUCGGGGCGGCCUUCUCGCUGGGCUUCACGCUGGGCCCCAUGCUGGGCGCCUCCCUGCCGGCCGACGCGGUGCCCUGGCUCGCUCUGCUCUUCGCGCUCUCCGACCUGCUGUUCGUGCUCUGCUUCCUGCCGGAGACGCUGCCCCCGGAGAAGCGGGCGCCCUCCUUCGCCCUGGGCUUCCGGGCUGCCGCGGACCUGCUCAGCCCCCUGGCCCUGCUGCGCUUCUCAGCUGUGGCCCAGGGCCGGGACCCACCCUCGGGAGCAGGGCUCAGCCGCCUGCGCCGCCUGGGCCUGGUCUACUUCCUCUACCUCUUCCUGUUCUCGGGCCUGGAGUUCACCCUGAGCUUCCUGGCGCACCAGCACUUCCGGUUCAGCAGCCUGCAGCAGGGAAAGAUGUUUUUCUUCAUCGGCCUCACCAUGGCCACCAUCCAGGGCGCCUACGCCCGGCGGAUGAGCCCUGGCCGGGAAGCAGCAGCCGUGAGGCGGGCCAUCCUGCUGCUGGUCCCCGCCUUCCUCCUCAUAGGCUGGGGGCGCUCGCUGCCAACACUGGGCCUGGGCCUGCUGCUCUACUCCUUCGCUGCCGCUGUGGUGGUGCCCUGCCUGUCCUCCAUGGUCGCCGGCUACGGCUCACCCGGGCAGAAGGGCACCGUCAUGGGCACGCUGAGGAGCCUGGGCGCCCUGGCCCGGGCAGUGGGGCCCGUGGCGGCCGCCUCAGCGUACUGGCUGGCCGGGGCCCGGGCCUGCUUCACCGCCUGCUCGGUGCUCUUCCUGCUGCCCUUCCUGCUCCUGUGGGACCUCGGGCCUCCGGAGCAGACGCUCAAGGCCCAGUAGCCACAGCCCCGCAGCCCCGCAGCCCCGCGGGA